CGGGAAGCGAAAGUGCCGGGAAGGGGAAGUUCGGGGAGCGGCACGGCCAUGGCCAAGGCCCUGGCGGAGCCCGGGCCCGGCUCCGAGCCCGGCUCCAGCCCCGUCCCGCUGGACCUGCACGCCGUGCCCCUGGUAGCGCUCAACUACGGCGUCCGCCGCCGCCUCGGGCUCUACCUCAACCCGCGGGCGGCCGCGGCCGCCGACUGGACGGCGCUGGCGGAGGCGCUGGGAUGCGGAUUCCUAGAGAUCCGGCGGCUGGAGGGGCUGCCCGACCCCACGGCCGCGCUGCUGGAGGAGUGGCCGGGGCGCUGCCCCGGCGGUGCCACCGUGGGGCAGCUCCUGGACGUGCUGCGGCGCUUGGGUCGCGAUGAUGUGCUGAUGGACCUGUCCGGCAGCGUGGAGGAGGACUGCAGGAAGUACUUGCAGAGGAAGCAGGAGCAGGCCAACCAGCCUCUUCAAGUGCCAGCAGUAGACAGCAGCGUGCCAAAGACCUCGGAGCUGAUGGGCAUCACCAUCAGGGAUGAUCCGUAUGGGAGCGGAACAGAGAUAUUUGAUGCCUUCAUCUGCUACUGUCAGAAAGACCUGCAGUUUGUCCAGGAGAUGAUCAGGGAGCUGGAGCAAACAGAGUUCAAACUGAAGCUCUGUGUAUUUGAUCGGGAUGUCUUGCCAGGAACUUGUGUGUGGUCCAUCAGUGGAGAACUUAUAGAGAGGAGGUGUCGGAGGAUGGUGGUUGUCAUUUCAGAUGAUUACCUGGAAAGCGAUGAAUGUGAUUUCCAGACCAAAUUUGCUCUUAGUCUUUCCCCAGGUGCUCGUAGCAAACGGCUGAUCCCAGUCAAGUACAAAUCCAUGAAGAACGAGUUUCCAAGUAUCUUACGGUUCAUCACCAUCUGUGAUUACACCAACCCUUGCACCAAAAAAUGGUUCUGGACGAGACUGGCAAAAUCCCUCAUGUUGCCAUAACGCAAAGUCCCAAGAGCUGGGUGCUCUUGUAACCUGCCCUGGAUGUGCCUUUGGACGGGGGGGGUCGUUCACACAGGGUCUUCCACCACUUCAGAACCUGGAUACUUGCAAUCCGUGCUUGGGAACAAAGAACCUUCUCUAGCACUUCUUCAUAACUCUGAGGGGAAGUAGAGCAACUGUGUAGGUGUUCUGGGUUAAGUCAGUGAGCAGCAGCAUCCAGCAUUUGUGCAGUCAGCACUUUCACUGAAAAUACUGGAAAUACACAUUUAAAGACUGAGUAUCUGAUACAGGAAGGCUCUGUUGUCAGCAUGAGCAAGGCCUCAGUGCCUCAGACUGCAGGCUUUGUCAAACAAGCAUUUCCUAUUGUUUUAAAAACUACAGUAAAAUCUGGGGUUGGUGAGAUUGUACCAUAUUGGUCAUGUCUGUCUCUGUUCAGGUCACAUUUAAUUCUGUGAUCUUAUACCAACAUUUAAUAUUCCUAGAUAUUAUUAAAUCUUUACAAUAGAGCCUUCAGUCUUAAAAUACAUAUUUUCAGUGACAGUCCUUACUACACAAAGCAGGGGCUGCUGCUGCUCAUUGACUUGACCAGGAACCAAGCUGUGCACCUCAGUGGGUCCAGAUCUUAUAUUCUUUCACCUUUAAAAGCCUUCCAAAACCCAGCAGCUUUUGGGAUGCCUCAAAGGCACAGGGAUAAAUAUUGAAUAGUGUAUUAAAUUGAAAAUUGGGCUGUUUAAAAUAUAAAGGCAAAUGUUACAUUAACAGAAAGAGCCUGUUUUAAUUAACUGCCACAAUAAUUACUGUGUUUCUGUGACUAAGGCUUGGAGCAAUGUUGAGAGUGUUCUUGUUAGACUUGGCCUUGAAUCCUGCAGAAUGACUGGUAGAUCUCAUCAGUGCUCCGGGGUGGGGGUCAGGAGUUCUGCCCAAAUGAGUGUUUUAAAGCCAUGGUAUAUUAAACAGAUUUACAGUAAAUAUUUACUUUUUAAAUUGGGGAAGAAAGGAAUUUUGCUUAUGUAUCUGCAGUUGCUUGAACUCUGCCCCUUUGUUCAUUACUUCAGCCACUGACUCAUGUUGAUUUUACAGCUUAAUGUUUUACUAGUUAACAUUUUUAAGGUUACAUCUGAGUGUAAUUUUUAGGGUUUUUUUUAAUUUUAGAUUUGUUUUAAAGCAUUACUGGGGAUGAGGCACAGACAGAAACGUGCCCCUGCUUCUCCCCCACCCACCCUGUCAGUGAAUGAUCCUUUCACCAGGGAUGCUGCUGCUGGUUCCUCCUGGCUGGCAGCAGCAGCCCUUGACCUGAGCGCGGGGAAGCUCCUUCAUGCACAUCACGUUGGCAUCAGGAACCAUUUUUAGAUAAACCCACGAGCUGGAUGUUUUUUCCUGCAAAAAUAACUGCUGCCAUCGUGCCAAGGUGACAUUUGCACCUUUCUGUCUUGCUGGAACAAGUGAGAAGUCUGCGGGCACUGAAGGAGGAAAGUUAAGCUGAUGAGGGGGGUUCUAAAUAGUUUGUCUUCAUGUCCUGUUGCCCUCGGGCCUCUCCUGCAGAAGUGGAGACAGCUGCUUGCCUCGGGCUUUCUGCAUAAUCGUUAAAUGUUAAUUGUAGGAGAGUUUCAGGAGGCUGCUUGAUCCCCGGGCGCUCCGGGGGCUCGGUGAAUUCUCAUACUCUGGAGUGCCUGUAAACAUCAAUUAUGGGUCAUUACUCGCAGGACCAAACCAGAUCCCGCUUGCCUGGAGAGCUGGAAGGGCUCUGGUGGCUGGUUUGGGGAGGAGCUGAGGCAGAGGAGCUGUGGACGCUAGAGGGAGGCCAUGGCCCGUGCUGGCUCCCUGAGAGGGAUCUGCGGGGUGGGACGGGGGAGAGACGGCCGGGAUGGGCCAGCUGGGCACUGACCCCUUGUCCGGGAUGCAGAAAACAGGAGUGGGUUCUCUUCCUCUGCCCCCUGCACCCUCUUUUGGGGAGGCUGUACCAAAAGCAGCGAGAAUUUUGGCAGCUUGAACCCGGUGUGGUGUCUCCUGCCUGAGUCCUGGUGGGUGGUUUGGGACCUGGCGUGCUGCAAAUGAGUGAAAAAUAACAGCAGGAAGAAUAAUGAAGUUGGUAAUAGAUGAUUUGGUGAUCACCUGACAGGGAAAAUGUUGGUUCUGGAAGAUAAAAGCAAAAAUAGGAGCUGAAUUUCUAAACCUUCUGAAUUCCAGUAGGUAAAUGCCAUAUUCCAGUUAAUGGUGAAAGAUGUUGGGAUCUUGUUACCACCCUACUCGUGGUGCCCUGGCCCUUUUUUUCUGCCUGGCUCAGACACCAGACAAGUCUUAUUGCUGUGGGACUGUUGCUUUAUUUCAAGCAGUUAAAAUUUGUCUUACUGGCUAAAAUAAUCAUUUUGGAGUAAAGUGAGGUAACAGCCCUAAAACAUAAAAUAUGCUUUAAAUAUGUGUCCUCUUCUAUGUAAACCCCAGAGUUUAUGCACUUCUGACACUUUCAUAUCAGCCUUGUCAUGAUAACUUCAAGUGUGACAUGAAUGAUACAAAAUGUAGACAUUGUGGCAAUUGGGGUUCUCCUCCCCUCUUUCAUGCUCAGUGAAAGGUCAAAAUUUUUGAACGCCUUUGAGAAGGGGAUUUAUAAAAUUGUGAUGUUACUUUUUUUCCUACUUUGUCCCCCAUUGAAAUUGUCCUAGUUGGAUCUGUUAGUACCAAAUCAUUUAUUUUUAUAUACAGACUUAUAUAUUUAUAUUACUUUCUAUUCUGAUACAAAUCUGUGGCAAAGCAUCCAUGUUUAUAGCCAUUCUGAAAAUAGUGAUUCUGUGGGUUUUCUCCUCAAAGGAACAAAGUUUUGCUACUUGUGAAAACAUUUUAAAAUAAAGAAUGAAAAUCCA